AUGGCUUCCCCGAUUGAUCCCACUGCUAUCCAACGCCUCGAAAGCCCUGCCUAUCCAGUCAACCCGCUGAUAUCAGCUCUUUUCUCUGUUCCACCACUUCCUGCGCCUACUUCAGGAUGUGGAGCUUGCAACAAACAGAGUGAUAAUCUGAUACGUUGUGCUGGAUGCAAAGUGAUGUUCUACUGCUGCCGCGCACACAUGGCUCAUCACUGGCCAGCGCACAAGGCCGAAUGCAGCGGCCUCGAUAAGCAUGAGUUCAUCGGGCCCAUCGUCGAAGGAUACAGUGCGGCAUUUGUGGGCAACUUCAACAAUCUGCUAGGGCCAGCACCCUUUGCCUGGGGCCCGGAGGUAGACCUGAUUCAGACGGAAGAAACGAUGAGUUAUCUUGGAGAUAUCUCUCACAUCAACACCGUUGUAUCAGUCAAGAUCCAGCUUGAUCGAGUCAUGGGCCUGCUCCGAAUGGGCCUGACUCAAGAUCCUGGCAUGCGGGAUAUCCCACCCGCUCUCCUCCUCCGUCUUGGCCGCUGGCAAGAGUGCUAUGCCCUGUUGAAGUGGUAUGCGGCCCCCACCGCAGACUCGCCAUACCUGUGGAUUGAUGAGGAGUAUGUGGUGUGCCGCACCGAGGAUGCCGACAUCUUCGAGCCGGUCAAUGUCUUCCUCUACGAUCCUUACUCUUACGCCCCUGGAGUGCACCACACGUUCGCCCACCAUGUCGUCCUCGCCCUCCUCAAGAUCUGCUUGCUCUUGGAACUCCAGAAGAUGGAUUCCACGGCAGUCGUGCUCCGAAAGCGGCUGCCACAAGAGCUCGUGGAUCUUGUGUUGGGAUACGUGGGCGAUAACCCGGCAAUAUCUACGGAUCCCCGCGCCAUGCAGUACAAUACUCGCGUGAAAUUGGUGAAUGAGUUGAACAUUCAGAUCCUCACUGUCUACAAACAUGUAGACCAACUGAACGCUCACUUCUGGGGGGCUCUGCUCAACCCAGACAUUCACCUGCGAGCUCGGCCGUCUUCAUGCAGGUCGGGGUCCGUAGAGGAGGCGCGGGUUGUCCUUCUCAGGACCCAUCGCGAGUGGGUGCUCACACCCGGCGCGAUGGACUACGUGAUGGGCAUCCGAGGGCGCGAAACGUGA